AUUGACUGUACAAAAAGUAAUCAAAAUGCAGUCCUUAAAAGUCGUGUUUGUUUUCCUCAUCGUCCUGGUGAUCCAACAAGCCAGAGCUGUUCCCAUCAAUGGACAGUCGGAUAAUGAUUAUGUUCAACCUGAAGCCAGAAAUCUUUUGGGUGAUGUCCUGGGAGGAGUUGGCACUGGACUGGGAGAUCUGGCAAAUGCCAUUACCAGUCUUAGUGUUCAACCAAAGUCCGUUUCACAGGCCAGAGAUAUUUCAACCUCAGCUGCUUCCCUGGGCGAGCUAAUGGGUAAUGUGACCGAUGUGGCUGUGAGUGGACAAAAGUUCCUCCUCCAACUGGAGAUUGCUGUUGGUGCUUCCAAAUCGGAUUCAGUCGGGACAAAUACCACUGCGGAUAUACUCUGCGAUUUGGGUAAUUCCUUGGUGGACCUGGCUACCUCUAUUACCAUUGCGGAGAGUAAUGUUCAGCUGGGUUCUUCUAAUGUUCUUGGGGAUGUCCUGAAGGGUAUGGGAACUGGACUUCAGUCUCUGGGAAGCUCCAUUGCCAAUGUCGGUAACCAAAUAAAGGCCACUGAAAACUGGCUAAAUAACUCUUAAGAACUGCUGCUAAUCUGACAAAUAAUGAAUUGGAUUCCCCUCCAAAACACUUUCAAGCAGUUCAAUUAACAAAUAAAUAUUCAAUCGUUUAAAACAAA